GUCGAAGCAAACUGAUGAGCAAGAACAACCCCAAUUUGAAGAAGAAGAAGAAAAGCUACAUAGAUCCACUCAAUACAAAUAAAAAAAAAAAUGGUCAAACAUUAGAAUCAAACCUCAAGACUCAACACAAAUAACCAAAAAUCACAUCUAAGAAAAAGAAAGAGAAGAAGUAGUAGUCAAAGGAGAUAUAGAAGGAUCAGUUGAGUCCAUGGUCGGAGGCAAACUGUACGUCAACAGAGAGUUGCUCUUUUGCUCUCAUCGCGCAAUAGACUACACCGGCAAUUGCCUAUUCAAUGUAAUGAUAUCUCUCUUGGCAGGAUAAUUGUUGAAUUUGCUGUGGAACAUGAUGAAAGGAGAAAACCCAUAUCUGGGUUUUCUCAAACCCAGAUCUGGAGAAGAAGAUGAAAGGAGAAGAGAGAGAGAUUUGGGUUUUCUCAAAAUCCAACAUUGGUGCACACCCAAAUUCGCUUAAUCUCUGGAAAAAAAAAAAAAACCCCGAAAUGGUGAAAUGGAAAAAUGGAAUGGGAAGUGUAAGGGUAACCCCGAUUAUUGCUGACUUAAGCAUCGGAGUGUCUACCCCGAGGAUCCACCUCGGGGCUUUGCAGGUUAAUCCAGAGUGCAGAUACGGACUGAAGAAGGACUUCCGGUCAGCUCGAGGUGGAAACUCGUCUCAACCUCUCGGACGAGGCCAGGUCCCCAGCAACCUUCCACCUCAUCCCCCUCCCCCAGUUCCGAAUGUAUUCCCUCAUGUUGACCAUACAGAAGGAGGGGAUGAAAACCAGCCACACAAUUCGGCUCGCAACUCAGCCUCCACCGCUAACCAAGACGUAGUUACAACUCAGCUCGCUGCCAUGCAACAGCAGUUUGGUGUCUUUCAGCAAGUACUGGCUCAGCUGUUAGCCCGGAACAAUCCUGGUGAUCCACUCAUUAACUUACUUAAUCCUGUCUCACCACAACCUCCAGCCCCACUACAAAAUCCUGAACAAGUUCAACAUGCUCCCGCUGUUAGUGAAUCUCAGGGCCAAUCUCAUAUUGCACCAGUUCAGCAACCUCCUCAUGAGGAUGUCACUCGACGUUUAGAUAGCUUAGAAAAGCUAGUGGUUGAACAGCGAGGUAUCCCGCCUACACACCCUGUGGCUGAUUCCGUACCCCACCCUCUCAACACCAAUAUUGUGCUGGAACCCUAUCCAACUGGCUUCAGAAUACCACAGCUUGAAACUUAUGAUGGGACGAAGGACCCCGAUGACCAUCUACAUGCUUUCUACUCUUGCAUGCAGGCCCAGAACGCCUCUGAUGCGUUAAUGUGCAAAAUUUUUCCCUCGACCCUCCGAGGUAAUGCUCGAACCUGGUACUACAGUUUGCCUCCGAGGUCAAUUAACUCUUACACAGAACUGGCAUCUGCUUUUGCCACAAAGUUUUCCAGUAGAAGAUUGAUCAGGAAAACCACUUCCGAGUUGAUGCGGGUUAAGCAGAGGGACGGAGAGUCUUUGAAGAAUUUUAUGAGCAGGUUCAAUGAUGCUGUACUGGAGGUUAACUCUUUCGACCAAGCUGUGGGAAUUACAGCUGUGAUCUCAAGUCUCGGCCACGAAAGAUUCAGAGAUAGUUUGCUUAAACACCCGGCCACCACCUUCAGUGAGGUAAAUGAUAGAUCAUUGAAAUUCAUAACUGCUGAGGAAUAUGCCCUGUCACAGAACCUCACCCCUGUUAAGAAUCAACACCCGGACUGGAGAGAUGAGAAUCCGAACAGGAAGCGGAUGAAGACAUCACAGAACCGAGGUCCGAUGUCGACUUCCACCCUGCGACUUGGGAGGCCGAACUCCUCACCUCCGCAACAACCUGCAGGUAAACCUCCAGGUAAUUGGACUCCUUUUAAUUUACUGAGGUCACAAAUCUUCAUGCAGAUUAAGAAUAAAAUGGGCUUACGACGUCCGGGUCCAAUGAGAACUGCUGCUGCUACCAGAGACCAUACAAAGUACUGUGAUUUUCAUCAAGAUCACGGUCAUACAACAGAACAAUGCAAUAGUCUGAGGUCUGAACUGGAAAAUCUGGCGCAGAAAGGAAUGUUAAAUGAGUACAUCCAGAGAAAUGAACAGCCACGGUUUGUCAGGGAACAAGGGAUGCAGCAUGAAGGAGUCCGCAAUCCCCCAAACAGGCAAGGUGUGGGAUAUCAACAGGCCCCACCCCCACUCCCACCACCAGCUAGAGUCAUACACAUGAUUACGGGGGGUCUGGAAGCCGGUGGACUGAGUUCCAAGCAGCGAAAGCUGUAUGUCAGAGAGGUUAAGCACCAGAACCGGGCUCAGAAGCGAAAAUUUGACGAUGCUGAGUGGAAGAAUCAACCCAUCACUUUCACAUCUGCUGAUCUCGAGACAGUUGUCACACCACACAAUGAUCCACUAGUCACUUUUGUCACGAUCAACAAUUGUGAAGUGCAGCGUGUCCUUGUUGACACAGGGAGUGCGCCAGACAUCAUGUACUUCCAUUGCUUUGAGAGUCUUGGGUUAGAUUCAGCUCUGUUGCAACGGUAUGAUGGUCCCAUUUACGGGUUCAACAACCAACCAGUUCCAGUUGAAGGAGUCCUCACCAUGAAUGUUGCAUUUGGAAGUGGCCGAAGUUAUGUGACCCCUUCAGUCCGGUUUCUGGUAGUCAAGAUGGCGUCCUCGUUCAAUGUUGUCAUUGGUCGACCCACACUAACUGAGAUCCAAGCUGUGGUUUCCCAAUCUCAUCUCUGCAUGAAGUUCCCCACUCCUACGGGAAUAGCCACGCUGCGAGGCAACCAGGAGGUGGCCCGGCAUUGCUACAUCACCUCGGUAACACAACCUCAGAAGGGCAAGGCUCAAACACCCGAGAUUAAUCCCAAACAGAUUGCUGAUGAUCGGCAAGUUAUGGGUGUUGAAAUCGUAGAUAACCGACCAGAGGAUGAAACCAGAGCUGCUCCAGUCGAAGAUGUGGAGGAGGUACAGAUCGAUGACAGAGAUCCGAGCAGGAAAAAGCACAUUGGGACUAAAUUGAACCCGGACGAAAGAGCAAAGUUAAUAGCUUUUCUUCGGGCUAAUAAAGAUGUUUUUGCAUGGACUUCAGCAGAUAUGCCGGGAAUUCCCACUUCAGUUUUUCAACAUAAACUCAGCACCAAUCCCCUCAAGAAACCAGUAGCUCAGAGGCGACGUCUCUUCGGGGGGGAGAGGUUAAAGGUUAUUAAAGAAGAAGUCGAGAAGCUCCUACAAGCCGGCUUCGUCAGGAGGGUAGAUUACUGUGAGUGGGUCGCCAAUCCGGUGUUGGUCAAGAAAGCAAACAGUAAAUGGCGAAUGUGCAUCGAUUACAGUAACCUCAACGACGCAUGUCCAAAGGAUUGUUAUCCAAUGCCAAACAUUGAUAAACUGGUGGAGGCAGCUUCGGGGAAUGAGAGAUUGAGUCUCUUGGAUGCAUACUCAGGUUACCACCAGGUCCCAAUGGCUCUUGAGGAUGAAGAGAAAACCUCGUUCUAUGCUGGUGAUGAGAUCUAUUGCUAUGUAAUGAUGCCCUUCGGCUUGAAGAAUGCAGGCGCCACUUACUAGAAGAUGGUUACCAUCGUGUUCCGAGCUCAGAUAGGAUGGAAUCUGGAAGUUUA